CAUCUGUCAUCCAAACCCAAACAUAAACAUUCCAAUUUUGCAAGCAGCAACCUUUUUUCCGCAAGCACAGGAAGAGGAGGGCAAAAUAUGUUUCUCUGAGUAGAGUUACCAGUAUUGCAAUAAACAGGACGUUUUUGUGAAAUACAGCCCUAAAAUGGACAAGCUAACUACAAUCAGCGCUGGUCUGUUUAUGGCGGCGGAUGUGUGUGCGAUCGUUAGUUUGGCCAUGCCCGAUUGGAUUGUGACCAGUGUUGGAGGCGAAACGCGGCUGGGAUUGAUGUGGACGUGCAUGACGCUGUACAACCGGCCGCAGGUUUGCUUCACACCCGAGCUGCAGCCGGAGUGGCUGAUCGCGUUGAUAUGCAUUUUCGUGGGUUGCAUCUGCAUUACCACCACCAUCAUACUGCUGGCGUCCAGCAACUGGGACCGUAAUGUGAUCCCUUAUGCCCGGUGGGUCGGCUUUACUGCAAUGGUGCUGUUCUGUCUUGCGGCCGUCAUAUUUCCGCUUGGAUUCCAUGUGGACGAGAUCGGUGGCCAACCGUACCAUCUGCCCCAUUCGCACCAGGUCGGCAUAUCGUACAUCAUGUUCGUGCUGGCCCUGUGGAUCACGGUCAUAUCGGAGCUGUUUGCGGAGAAGGUGUGCCUGCCGCAGUUUUAAAGGCCCGAGCCGCCCCUGGGCAGCUCCGGCGCACAUAGCGAUGUAUCUCAUCUUUUAUGCUGUAUUAAUAUGUCACCCCCUCUCUCCACCUUUACGCCCCAGUGCUGUAACGUUUCUGAACAAUUGAUGGUACUUCUUGCUUUCCUAGUGAUGGAAUUGAACAAACUAAAAAAAAACCAAAAGAUACAAAUUGUACUUUGCUGUAGCGAUUAAGGAUAGUGUAUUGGAUUAAGAAAUUAGUUAAUAAUUUCCAUUAUUUUGUAUUGGUGAGAAAUAAAUUUGCUGUGCAAUAUUUGUUUUUCCAAAUCCUA